AUGGGACCGGGAUCACCGCAACGGGGUCAAGUGACUAUUCUCCAGUGGGGUCGUACCCUUACCACUCCUUCAGCUGUGUCCCUGUCGGUGAGUGUUGUGGUGUUGGCGGGUAAUGCGGUGCUGCUCGACAACUCUCCAGUGGGGUCGUACCCUUACCACUCCUUCAGCUGUGUCCCCAUUGGUCCCUGUGUGGUGAAGGUCUGGGGCGCCAACAGCACAUGCGUUGUGAACAGCAGUGGGGUAGCAUCCUGUCCCUGUGCGGUCAAGGCCUGCAGCGCCAACAGCACGUGCGUUGUGAACAGCGGCGGAGUGGCGUCCUGUGUGUGUGACCCAGGCUUCGUGCUGCAGGCCAAUGGCAGGACGUGCAUUGAGCCGUGCUCUAUCUGUGACGGCAACCAUGCAUGUGUGAAGGACGCUGCGGGUGCAGUGACCUGUGUGUGCAAAUACGAGGUGGUGGGCGACAAGUGUGUUGGACCUGCUUCGUGUGGGGCCUGCCCUGCAGGAGCUGUGUGCACGCCUCUCCCAUCGACCUGGCCUUCUUACUGCAUGUGCGCUCCUGGUUACGGCAUGACCAGCACUGGAUGCGUGCAAGGGGCCACCCCCACCGUCUCCUCCACCAGCUUCACCUUCUAUGAUCAGCCCAACUUCACCAUAGCUCGCUUCACAUCCACUAUGCGGGUCCACUGGGAUGGCUGCACCGACAUCACUCUCCCCCGCGCCUCUGAUGUCCUGUCCUACACCCGCAUAGAGCCGGCCCCGGGUGGGGUGGGAAAUUGCACAAAUGUGUGUGCGUACUAUGGGUAUGGGUGUGCCGGAGCGUGCAAUUCAUUGUUCAGCUUGGCGGGUGCACCUCAGAUCGGCGUGUGGACCAUCCCGUGA